AUGACUUACGACACAACUAUCCGCAGUAUUCUGAAGCAUAGCAGGGACAACGUUCCUAUUCCUGAAACUCUUUCCAAGCUUUUAACGGAUGAAAAGCUGCAAACAUUGAAAAUAGAAAAGACUGGUGAUGAUGAUGAUGGUUCAGAUCAGUCCGUUUUUGUGAUGCUUUUUGAGCUAGCCACUAUCCAUCCGUCUUUGGCUAUUGAUAUGCUCAAAGGUUUCUCGACUUCAAAACGUGUUUCUCGCUUCACUGUUUCAUUUGCACUUGUCGAAGUGAUUCGAAAUCAUCCAAAUUUUACACGGCGAAAAAUUGCAUCGAUGUUUUUGGUUGUUCGUGCAAUCGUCAAUUAUGCUGAUAUAUUUCGUGAAACGGUACCAUUGCUUACGGAAAUUUCACAGAGCGUUUUUGAAGGUUUGUAUAUUUUCUGUUCCCUUCUUUACACUUUUUCAUAG